AGCACCUCUGUCAGAUCAAUGACCAUGAGCCCUGUCGUCAGCGUCGCUCUGCUCCUGCUCUCCACUGCUGCCGUUGAGUCAUGGAAAGCUCUGGAGGAUCAAACUGAGAAAGAGGAGGGGAACUGUCGGUCUCACCCUCGGCACACUGUUGGGGUGGAAAAUGACCACCACGAAGUGCAGAUUUUGCAGGACAGACGCAUUCCUGGUUUCUGCAGUGCCUGCAAGUCCAUUGUGUCUAAAGUACAGAAGAAGUUGGGAAAUGAUAGUUCAAAGGUAAAAAUCAGGGACUUGCUGCACAAGGUCUGCUGCCAAAUGAAAAUCCAGUUAAUCGUGGCGGCCUGUAAGAAGAUUGUCUCCAAGUACUCAGACAAACUGAUUGAUUUAAUAGCUAAACAUACCUGUCCCAGGAAUACUUGUGUGAAACUGAAACUCUGCAAGAGAAAUUCUGCUGUCUCCUGAUGGUACGGGCUUUGCUCUCUCUCAAAGGCUGAAGUACUCACGAUGUCUCUGUAACCGUUUGAUUUGCAUAUUGUCUUGCUUUUGCAAUAAAGAACCUCUGAAGCUGUUGUAUAUUCACAUGCAGAGUUGAUUAGGAGAUGUGAAGCUGUGAGCAACAAAAUUAAACGCCAUAGUGGUCAACGGAGCAUAUGUGAUGACACCUUAGUGCAAUUAAUAAAAAAACCAAGUGAGAGAUAACACCUUAAUAACGUGAGAUUAGUCAUCUUUUACCAGUGUGUGUACGUGGUCUACAUCAUUGACGUGUUUUUCCUUUAGUUUUUCAUAUGUUUAUUGAGCUUUUUAUAUACAUUUACAUAACAACAACAAUAAAACAACACUCAGUACAACCUUGGUCUACACACAUUCACAUCCCACAUGCAUCUGACCAGUGCAAUGCAACUAUUGAGUUGGAAAAGUUAAGAUAUUGUAAGAUAUGUUGAUAAAUUGUCCCUCUGAAGAGUGGAGU